AUGACCCGCACGGACCCGCCGGACCUGCUGGUGUCGACCGUGUACCAGGACAUCAAGGUGGCGGCCCCGGGGCCCGUGUCGAGGCCCCCGCCAUGUGAGCGCCCAAUGGCCCGGCCUGCUGCGCCCGCGCCUUUCAACAAGCGCCACUGCCGCAGUUUCGAUUUCCUGGAGGCACUGGACCGGGAGGCCAUGGAGGCCCGUCCGGAGCCGCCGCCUCCGGAGCCCGCCGCGCCGCGCGCCCGAUCCCGCGACGGCGAGGCCCGGCGCCGCGCCCGCUCCAAGAGCGCACCCCGUGCGGCCCCGGGCCUGGCGCCCGCACCCGCCUCGCCGCCUGUGCCGCCGCGCCGAGGCCGGGAGGCCCAGCGGGCGGCGCCGGCCGACGCAUCGCCCCGCCGGGAGCCCGCGUACCCCGCGCUGCGCGCGCUCGCCAACGAGCUGCACCCCAUCAAGCUGCAGCCUCAGCGGGGCGGCCCGGGCCGCAUGGCGCCCCUGUGCGCCGCCGCCAACCGCUGUGCGCCGGCCGAGCCACCCGCGGGGCCGGCCCCCCACGUCCGCUGCCGCCUGGACGUCAAGCCCGACGACGCGGUGCUGCAGCACGCCGCCCGGAGCUCGAGGCCCUGCGGGCCCACCGAGACCGCGCCCUGGCCCCGCGCCGCCCCGCAGUUCCACGGCCUCACGGUGCCCGGGCCUCGCCACGUGGGGCUCUUGCUCACCCCCACCCCCAGUGACUCAUACUGCGCCGACCCCCGGGCGCUGUACUGCGAUGGGCCCCUUCCCGGGUCCCGGCACUACGCAGAGCGCCGGAGUCUGCCCUUCACCACCCCGCCGGGCCCCACCCAAUUCUUCUACACCGAGGAACCCGAGGGCCACCCCGGUGGCUUCAUGGCCAGCCCUGGACCGCCCUUCGACAGCUACUACCCCAGGCCCUUUCUGUCCGAAGAGCCACCCGGGCCCAGUCCAAGACGCGGGGGCGUCUGCUAUGCGGGGGACGUCCGCACCUUCCCCGUCCAAGAACCACCCUCCCGUUCCUACUACGGGGAGGCCCCCCGAGCCUACGGCCCGCCCUGCGGCCCCCGCUACGCCCCGGAGGAGCCCCGGGCUCACCCCGCCGCCCGCCCCUUUUACACUGAGGACUUCGGGCGGUACCGCAAUCGAGACGCGCUGACGCGGACUUACCCACACCCGCGCGGCAGCCCGGCCUGGGGCGACUGGGGCCCGAGGCCUUACCGCACCCUGCAGGUGGCGCCGCCUCCCCCGGACCCCGGCCCGUUGCUCGCCUCGUGGCACGGCGGCACCGGCACCAGCCCACCCCGGCUAGCGACCGACAGCCGCCACUACUCGCGCUCCUGGGACAACAUCCUGGCGCCCGCGCCGCGCCGCGAAGACCCACUGGGCCGCGGCCGUAGCUACGAGAACCUGCUGGGUCGCGAGGCACAAGAGCCGCGGGGCACAUCCCCCGAAGGCCGGCGCCCGCCCGUCAUUGUGAACCUGUCCACCUCGCCCAGACGCUACGCGGCGCUGUCGCUGUCCGAGACGUCGCUGUCGGAGAAGGGCCGUAUGGGCGAGGGCCUGGCCCGAAACUGGUACGUCACGCCGGAGAUCACCAUCACCGACAACGACCUGCGCGCGGCUGAGCGCCCGAGCGCCAGGAGCUGGGAGCUGCCGGGGGGCCGCCCGCGGCCGCCUCCGCCCGCCGCCCCCGACGGCCCCGCCUCGGGCCGCCAGCGCAGCCUCGAGCAGCUGGACGAGCUCAUCACUGACCUGGUCAUCGACUCGCGGCCCCCCGCCGGCCAAGCACCCGCGCCCGCGUCCGACGGCCUGGGCCGCCAGCUGCGGCGCCUGCUCGACUCGCGGCCCUCGGGCGCCGGGGUCCCGACGCGGGCGCCGCGCUCGCCACCCCUGUCUGCCGGCAGCGCUGAGGAGCCCGCGGGCCCGGGGCCGGCGGCCGACGCGUCCCCCGAGCCCAGCGCCGACGAGGACGACCGGAUGACGUGCUCCAACGCGCGCUGCGGGCGCACCGAGACCAUGUUCAACGCCUGCCUCUACUUCAAGUCCUGCCACAGCUGCUACACCUACUAUUGCUCGCGCCUCUGCCGCCGCGAGGACUGGGACGCGCACAAGGCGCGCUGCGUGUACGGCCGCGUGGGCAGCGUGUGCCGCCACGUGUUGCAAUUCUGCCGCGACAGCGGCCCAGUGCACCGCGCCUUCUCGCGCAUCGCGCGCGUCGGCUUCUUGUCGCGCGGCCGCGGCGUGCUCUUCCUGGGCUUCCCGAGUCCCGGCUCCGCAGACAACUUCCUGCGCUUCGGCCUCGAGGGGCUGCUGCUGUCGCCCACCUACCUGUCGCUGCGCGAGCUGGCCACGCACGCGGCGCCACUGGGCAGCUAUGCUCGGGAGCUGGCGGCCGCCGGGCGCCUCUACGAGCCGGCGGAGUGCUUCCUGCUCAGCGUGUCCGUGGCCGUGGGCCCCGGCGCCGCGCCACCCGGCGCCCCUGCCCGGCCAGCUCCCGCGCCGCGCAGCCCCGGACCCACGGUGCGCAAGUUCGCCAAAGUGGCGCUGGCGGCCGGCAGCCCGGCACGGCCGCCCCCGGCGCGGGGCCGCGAACCCGACAUGGAGACGUUGAUCCUGACGCCGCCGCCCGGCACUGCGGGCCUGGACCAGGACGGCGAGGCGGGCCGGCGAGCACGCGAGGUGGCCUUCAUCCACAUCCAGCGAGAGCUGCGGCUCCGCGGCGUCUUCCUACGCCACGAGUUCCCGCGCGUCUACGAGCAGCUCUGCGAGUUCGUCGAAGCCAACCGGCGCUUCACACCCACCACCAUCUACCCCACGGACCGGCGCACGGGCCGCCCCUUCAUGUGCAUGAUCAUGGCCGCCUCCGAGCCACGCGCGCUAGACUGGGUGGCCAGUGCCAACCUGCUGGAUGACAUUAUGUGAACCGCGGGAGCGCGCCCGGGGCCCGCCCAGUCCAUCCAGGGCCCACCCUGAACCCCAGGCAGGCCACUCAGGCCCCGCCCCGAGUUCACCAGUCCCCGCCCAGCUCGCCAAAAGCUCCGCCCCAUUGCGUUCUCCACAGGCUCCGCCUUGCCCUCCGCCUUCCAGCGAACCCCCUUCCCCCCAACCCCCAGACCAGUCCCGCCCGGCUCCCUCCCCCCCCAGCUCGCCCUCGGGCCUCCCCAGGGGCCGGUCCUCGGCCGCCUGGUGCUCCCCGCUGGGAGGCGGAGUGGGUCUGAGAGCCAGCCCGCCCUGCCUUUACGCGGAGGGGUCACUGCUGCAGAGAUCCCACCGCGCAUAUCCGGUUCGUCUGAUCCCUGUCCGUCUGCAGGGCCUCCCUGGAACCUCUCCAACCCCGGCUCGCCCUGGUCCAGGAGGCCGAGUCGACCAAAGCCUAGUCCCGUCCCUUUAAACACACUCCCCACCCGCCCCCUGUGGUCUGGGAUGCGUCCUGCUCAGAGGCCUUUCUCCCUAGAGGACACCCUGAUUGGCCUCGGUGCGUCCGCAUCCCAAGCACGUCCUGGCCUGAUGGGCAGGGCCGGCGGGGACCUGCGCGUGGCGUCUCCGAUGGCCCCCACCCCUGCUGUGCCGGACCAUGGCAAACUGACGGCGCUGCCCGCCCUGCUGCAGGGGUUGGGCAAGCAGCAGUGAAGGGGUACUCGGGGGUCCUCAGCCAAGGUGCAAGACACCC